AGCACCACGAUCAUCAUGGCGAAUGAAAGGGCGCAAAAUAAAUGAAGAGUUUACUACGCUUGGCUCGUCUUGCCGGCGAUCCACGGCGCAGAGGCAUCUCUUCUGCCGUUAAACUCCAUUCGGAGCGCAGAUACAAAAACCAGGAAUGGUCGUACGUGAAUCAGGCGGCGAUCGAAAACUGUGCUGCCAAGCCAUCUAUCAAGAUGACACCAUAUCAAAUGCUACAUGCUGGAAAAUUUGGAGAUGGUGCACAUUUGAUUAGAAAUGUGCAGUUUCUUCAAAACGAGCUUGUCAUAAGGGUUGCUAGACGCUUGGUCGCUUUUCAUUCACUUCCCUACAUUGUUGCAGUAAAUCCAGACAUCUCUGAAACUUAUGAAUUAUACAUCCGUGCAUUCAACCUUCUUUAUUCAAUACCCAAGAUAAAAGAUUUACAAGCCGAAAAAAAGUACAGCAAAACUGUGAGGUCAUUACUGGAUGAUCAUGGCCAUGUUGUCACAUCCCUGGCUCGUGGUUUUAAAGGCUGCAAACAUCAAGUACGUUAUGGAACAAUUCAUUCCUUCCUGGAUAAAACAUUGAAAUCACGUCUCGGCAUGAGACUAUUGGCUGAACAUCAUAUUGCUCUUCGAGAGGAAAAGAGCAAUUUCGUUGGGUGUAUUGCAACUAAUUUGCAUUUGAAGACUAUGAUUGAAAGAUGUGCGGAUUUUGUCAAGCAGGUGUGUGAACAUCACUAUGGUGUCAGCCCAAACAUAGUCGUCAAUGGCCACACAGAUACAUCCUUUUCAUAUUUCCCCUCGCCACUGGAAUAUAUUUUGCUGGAACUCUUGAAAAAUGCAAUGAGAUCGACUGUUGAGUUUCAUGGUGACAAAUACACCUUUCAAUCGUCCUCCUUGCCAAGGGUAGAAAUUACUAUUUGCAGCAACAAAACAGAUUUCACAAUAAGGAUUUCAGAUCGAGGUGGUGGAAUUUCAGAUGAAAUGAUGGAACAGAUAUUUCACUAUUCCUUCACCACAUUCAAAAAAGAUGCAGCUGGUAGUAGCACAAACGUCCUCUCUGACUAUAACCAUAACGCAAAUCUGUCAGGAACCAUUGGCAGUAUGGCUGGCUUUGGUUUUGGUCUGCCGACCUCACGAGCCUAUGCCGAAUUUCUUGGAGGAGCUGUGAACCUACAGACACUCCAUGGUUAUGGAACUGAUGUUUAUAUUAAACUAAAGCGAAUCGAUGGGGAUCAGGACAGCUUUCGUUUGUAAAAAUUGGGGGUAGAAUGAUAUCUUUAGACUUUGCACUCAGGCCAAAAUCUGAGUGGGAAUAUUUUGAAAUUGAUGUUUCAAAGUAAAACUAAAAUUUAGAUGUUUUCUUCGAUUCAU